GUUCACCUCGCGUCCACUUCAGACCAUCGCGCAAAGCGCUGCUCUCUCUUCUAGACGGCAAUUCCUCUGUCAAACAAUUCGUCUUCUUUUCCCUCUCUUCCUUUUCACAAUUCACAGUUAGCCACAAAGAUGGCCUCAAAGUUCACGAGAGAAUACAAACUGGUGGUGGUCGGUGGCGGUGGUGUCGGCAAGUCAUGCCUCACAAUCCAGCUGAUCCAGUCGCAUUUCGUCGACGAAUAUGACCCAACCAUCGAGGAUUCCUACCGCAAGCAGUGCAUGGUCGACGAUGAGGUGGCGCUUCUCGACGUUCUGGACACAGCCGGUCAGGAGGAGUACUCGGCAAUGCGGGAGCAGUACAUGCGCACUGGCGAAGGCUUCCUGCUUGUCUACUCGAUCACGUCGCGCGAGAGCUUUGAAGAGAUAAGGACCUUCCAACAGCAAAUCCUGCGUGUCAAGGACAAGGACGUGUUCCCCAUGGUUGUCGUCGGCAACAAGCUUGAUUUGGCGAGCGAGCGCAAGGUCUCGGUUGAAGAGGGCAGAAUGCUGGCGGACGAGUUCAACUGCUCCUUCCUCGAGACGUCGGCCAAGACCAACACCAACGUCGAGCCGGCUUUCUUCGAGGUUGUCCGGGCGAUCAGGAAUUACAACCGCGAGAUGCAGGGCGGGCCGACCAUCGGUGGCGGCCUUUCUCACAACGGCGGCGGCAUGGGCAAGAUGGACAUGGCCGACGACGAUGCGCAGGCCGGCUGCUGCUCCAAGUGUGUGCUCAUGUGAGGACUCACCCGUCGCAAAACUAUCUCAAUAAUGCAUCACGACGGAAUACCUGGGAAUGGAAG